ACUAUCCGCCGUGGCGAAAGCGAAACGCAGCGAGAGGCGUAGAGCAGCACGCGUGCUGCCGCCUUCUUCUUCGUCUUCUCCACUGCUAGCUAACCCAACAGGCGACGAAACCAAAUCGCGCAAAUUCCAAUCCGGCCUCCAACAAGCAAUCCCGAGGAAGCUCUGCCCGUCGGUGUGUCUCUCGCGCCGGAUUCUCUCCGGUCCGAAGCAAUCAAGCGCGACCGCGUGCCCCGCCUGUGCCUUGCCGCAGAUCGGCUCGGGGUAGCGCCGAGGCAAGACCAGAUUCUUCUCCUUUUUCUCCUCGGUUGUGGUUGUGGUUGUUGUUGCGGGUGACGGAGAGAUGGCUGGGGGAGGGAACCGGAGAGGGGCUGGCGCGGAGGAGGUGAGGAUAGGCAGCGGCAACGUGUUCGCGGCGCUCGAGACGCUCAAGAAGAAGAAGAAGAAGCCAGCGGCGGCCAAGAAGGAGCACGCGCCGGUGGUGGAAAAGACGGAUGUGUUCUGGGCGCCCGCGCCGCUCACGACUAAGUCCUGGGCCGACGUCGAGGACGAUGACGAUGAUGACUACUUCGCCACCACCGCGCCGCUCUGCCCCGUCCGGGAGACCCAGGGGGACGACGGUGAUGCCGGCCAUGAGGAUGAAAAGGAGCACUCUGCCCUUGAAGAGGAAAUUGAGAGUGAAGAUGAUAGCCUUGAUGAUGAGGUUGAUGCUGCUGCUGAGGAUGAACAUGAAGCAGGAGAUGCUGUCCCUACUGAGCCGGCAGUUCAGAAAGCUGUAGCUCCACUAGUACCUCCUAAAGAUACGGAAAGACAGCUCUCCAAGAAGGAGUUAAAGAAAAAGGAGUUGGAACAGCUUGAUGCUGUGUUGGCUGAGUUGGGGAUUUCAUAUGAAUCAAGUAAUGCUACUCAAGAUGAAACAAAUUACAAGAAAGGUACGUGUCAGGCUGCUGAUGGAGGGAAAAAGGAAGAUGCAUCCGCUCCUCUGGAGAGUAAGACCUCCAAGAAGAAGAAAGCUAAGAAAGACAAGUCUUCAAAGGAGGCAGAAGAAACACCGGAUCAGAACAAUGUGGUUGACGAUGCUGCUGAUGCAGAACCUGAUGAAAAUGUUGCUUCAGUGGAUAUCAAGGAGCGUAUAAAGAAGGUAGCAUCCAUGAAGAAAAAGAAGUCGAGCAAAGAGAUGGACGCAGCAGCAAAGAUUGCAGCAUCUGAGGCGGCGGCUAGGAGGGCAAAGCUUGCGGCAGCGAAGAAGAAAGACAAGAACCACUAUAAUCAGCAGCCCCUGCGGUGAAUUGCUGCUCAGAUUAUGCAAUUCCUUAGAUACUGUGUGCCUCCACUUGGACGAGGCCGCCCUCUGGCGCGCAUCUUGGAAUUCUCUAUGGAUGGACUUAUGGUGUACUGAGCUCUGAAUUGUUCAUCACAGAAACCCUUUUGAAUGCAUGGUAAAUGUGGAUAUUUCGUACUGCA